AUGUAUCUACACUCAAACACUAGCAACUGGAGUCUAGGGAAGAUUUUUUUGGCUCUUCCAGUUUUAGCCAAAAGCAAAAAAGCUCAAGAAACAACUCAUACUUUUACUAUUGGUCAUUUAAACAGCUUGUUGAAGUGGUACAAAUUUCCCAAAUUUCAGGGCUCAAGGAUUUUUGAGAGUAAGAAAUUGGAUAUUUCGAUCAACAUUCGAGUAAUUUUAAACGUCCAGCCGAUUAAUACUUUGUAUAUCAGUAGUACAGCUAAAAUGAACACAGAAGCAUAUAUAGUAUCUCGACAAGUGGCUGUUCAAAAGCAUAAGCCUUGUUAA